AUGCCUAAAAACACCCUUUACGUUACAGGUUUUGGUAAAGAUGUAUCAGCCACAGAUUUAGCUCCAAAAUUUGAAGAGUAUGUCAUUUAAAAUUAUUAAAAAUCAAUUGUUUUUCAAAAUACUAAUAUAAUUCAAUAGAUAUGGUGAAUUAGUUAGAUUAGACAUACCACCACCACGUACAGAUGAUGGGGGUAAAUAUGCUUUCGUCGAAUUUAAAGAUGCAGAAUCAUGUGAACGUGCUUUAGCGUUGGAUGGACAAGAUGAUUUGACUGUUCAAGUAGCUAGAAGUGAUCCAUAUUCAGUUAGAACAAGAGGUUCAUUUAGAGGUCGUGGAGGUUAUGGAUAUGGUGGUGGAUAUUCAAGAGGUGGAUAUGGUGGAGGUUAUGGUCGUGGUGGUGGUGGAUAUGAUUCGAGACCAAGAGGUGGCUAUUCAAGUAGAGGUGAAUAUGAAUCAAGAGGUUAUGAUUCAAGAGGUCCACCAAGAGAUUCUCGUAGUGGUGGUUAUUCACGUGGUGGUUAUGGUGGUGGAGGUCGUGGCGGUUAUGAUAGAAGCUCAAGUAGAGGAGGUGGUCCAAGAAGUGGUGGUGGUUAUAAUGAUUAUAGAAAUUCAAGAAAUAGUUAUGAUGAUAGAAGUUAUAGGGAUUCAAGAAAUGAUGAUAGAGGAAGAUAUAGUAGAUCUCCAUCAAGAGAAAGACCAAGAGAUAGAUCAAGAUCACCAGGAUUUUAG